AUGAUCACUGUCGCAAAAGAAGCUGGCGACAUCGCCAGAACUGCGCAGCCGACGACUGGAACGAUCGCUACCAAGAAGAACACUACCGAUAUUGUGACCGAGACCGACAAGGCUGUGGAGGCCCUGAUCCGAGAACGCCUCACCACACGAUAUAGAUAUUUCGACUUCCGAGGAGAGGAGUCGCACGAGGCCGCUUCGGAAAUGACAGACCGGCCCACGUUCAUCGUGGAUCCAAUAGAUGGCACGUCCAACUUCAUCCACGGCCUCCCCGACGUCUGUGUAUCCAUCAGCGUCGUGGUUAGCCAAUCGCCAACCGUUGGAGUAGUGUACAACCCAUUUACCGACGAGCUUUGGACGGCAAUCAAGGGUCACGGCGCCUUCUACUCACGUAAUGACGGCCCAACUGAGAAGCUUCCCUUGAGGGCCGCUGCACCUCUGGACUUAUCAUCAGCCUGCGUCGGUAUCGAAUGGGGAAGCGACCGCGAGGGUCCCGCAUUCGAUCUGAACCUCCACGUCUUCACGAUGCUCGCCAGAACGGAGCGGACCAAUGGCAAGUUUGUCAACUCACUCCGGUGCACCGGCUCGGCAGCCAUCACCAUCUGCAGGGUCGCAGCUGGGCAGCAGGACGCUUUCUGGGAGUGCGGAAGCUGGGAAUGGGAUGUUGCUGCCGCGUGGUGCAUUCUCGUCGAGGCGGGCGGUAUCAUGGUGGACGGGCAUCCCACCGGGAAUUGGAACCCGCCGGUGGAUAGUCGCAGGUAUUUGGCGGUUCGGGCUGCAAACAGCGGACAAGAGCGAUUCGUAGAGGAGUUCUGGGCUGUUAUUCGAAGCGGUAUGUAG